AUGUCUGUACUUCAAUGCACUAACGCCUGCCAAGCUGCUGGCUUCGCUUAUGCCGGAGUUGAGUACUCCUCAGAAUGCUACUGCGAUAACAGCAUUCUGACUGGAGCUAAGCCUGCGUCUAAUUGUAAUAUGCUCUGUUCUGGUAACAAUACAGAGUAUUGCGGCGGUCCUGAUAGAGUCAAUAUCUACCAGUCUAACAGCAAAGCAAAAACUGCGGGCAUCAUUCCCUCCGGAUGGACGGCCCAAGGCUGCGUCAAGGACAACGUUCAGGGCCGGGCUCUUCCCAUGCCUAUAGCUGUUGUAGGCGGCCCAGCAGGAAUGACCAUCGAGGGCUGUGUUAUUGCCUGUUUAGCCGCUGGCUAUACGGUUGCCGGCGUUGAAUAUGCACAGGAGUGCUGGUGCGGAAACACUAUUCAAAACGGAGGCGUAGCCACACUUCCAGGCGACGGUUGCAAUAUGCCGUGUAGGGGCAACACUAUUGAAACCUGCGGUGGUUCUAACCGUUUAAACGUCUACGCUAACUACCCCCUAAAUCUGGUCGUUCCUUCCAGCUCUGCUUCAACGGUCACCUCAAAUAUUCUAUCGCUAACAACGCAAACCUCAUCUUCAUCUUCAUCAUCUCCUCUCACCAUCUCCACUACUUUAUCAUCCCAAGCCUCUUCUGGUUCUUCCUCAAUAUCCUCCACUAGUACUGGCACAAGCACCAGCACUACAUCAACAAUUUCGAGCAUAAUUACUAGUUCUUCAACUACGACUUCAUCAAUAUCGAUCACACUUACUAGCAGUAGUAGUAGCAGCAACACCACUAUAUCUACAGUUCGAAGCACAACUACUAGUUCUUCCACUUCUACUUCGUUUAAAUCAACCACUCAAAGCACCAGUUCAUCUAUCACCUCUCUUAGAGUCAGUACUAGCUCUUUAUCUAGCACUUCCUCUACAUCUACGUCGGCUCGCUCAACCUGUUCCCCAACAAGUAAGUUGUUACCUUGCAUUGCGUUUUUAAUUUUGCUAACUUUUGGGGAGUUAAUGGUGGGCCCUAUCUACAAAAUUCCGAAUUUGAGAAUGGCAUCAUUGGCUGGGAAGGGGAUCUUGAUAAGAUGA